UUUCUUCUGCUCCUGUUUCACUGUUUUGUCCAAAACCCAACUCUUUUUUAUUUGCACUCUCUCUCUCUCUCUCUACAUAAAUUUCUACAUACAUACAGGUCCAACCAUAUCAAGUAUUUUAUCUCUUCAGUAACCCAUAUGUGCCUUUUAAUUCAUAUCUCUCUACCCAAUAAUCAAAUCCACCUCACAAAAGAAAUGAACCUAAUCAUAAACACAAUACUAUUCCAUAAAGGAAGAACCUUUAUUUGUUUACUUGGUCAGCAUUUCAAUGCUGCUGCUCUUCUGCAACCUCCAAAAGGGUACAAAAGUAAUAAAAAAAAGUUUUGAUUUAUUUUUUUCUCAAUUCUUUCUUCUCUUUUCCAUCUUGAUCCACUAGUCCUAGUUUUUUUUUUUUUUUUUCUGGUGCUUGUCUGGUCUGUCUCAUAGACUUCUCUCACCAAAAAGAAAAGAAAUAAAAAGGAAAAUCCCAAAUUUUUAACCUUUUUUUGUUCAAUUUCGAUUUUGUUGUUAAUGGGCACCCAAAAUCAAUCAAUUAUGUGGUGGCUUCUUUGGGGUUUCUUUAAGUCUUUUUUGGUCAGAGAGAUGGUUUCAUACAUAGGAAUAAGACUACCAACAUUAAACCUAAUCCCUUUGCCCUUUCUCUCUUCCUUCUUCUCAUCUCUCUCUGUCUCUCUCUCUUUUUUUCUUUUCUUCUUCUCGUUCUCGCUUGCUUGGUGUCUUUUCUGAUCUGUGAUUCCCAGAUUUUCACUGAACAGAUCCGAUGAACUCCUCUGCUGGCAAUGUCCGAUUAACCCUUAUGGAGGUUUUGGAGUUGCAAAAGGACUUGCAAGUCAAAAGAAGGAAACUGGAGAUGGUGAAACAAAAACGAUCGACUCUCAAGGCAGAAGUUAGGUUCUUGAGACGUAGAUACCAACACUUGAAUCAAGACCAAACUCUUGAAGCAUCUCCAAAGAUGUUGAGGUUGUCAGAAUCUGGUGGGGGUUUUGAGGUCCCAAGUGGUGAGAGAAAGAAGCACUCUAGUCUGAGAGCAUCUGUCCCUUGUUUUGAUUUGAAACAGAAGAAUAAAAUUUGCAAUGAGAAGGCAGCAUUGGCUAAGAAUGCAAGUUGUGACUUGGAAAAGAAGCUAAAAAGGAGCAGAAGAAAGGAUAUUUUGACUUCACUUCCUGACCUUAACGGAGAGGGAAACACUUCUGUCACCAACAAAGUCCCGGGCUUUGACCUUAACCAGAUUUCGAGAGAAGAAGAAGAGCGGGAAGUGAAUGGUGAAAAUAUGGUCGCGGAAGCAAUGAAGAAUGCAAUGCUUGAUAGCAGAAUCAGUGAUCUACCUGACAACAAGAGAAAGUUACCGAUUUGCGGAGAUGUGGAGAAAGAGUUACAUAGAGCAGUAAAGAGGAAGGUUACAUGGCAAGAUCCAGUGGCUUUAACUUUAAGUGUUUAAGGUUCUUAGUAUGUAAGUAGGAUUUGAUAUAAUGAUAUAACCCAAUGUGCACAUAUGCUUUACAAGUAUAUAUAGAUUAUAUAAGGUUUUGGUUU